ACCCAACUCGGAAUACCAAGUCAGGAACUCGGGCCUCUUUCCGGAGCUCCAACUUUCCGACCUGAAAAUCACUGACGUCAUUAUUUGACCUCGUAUUCUUCCGUGUUCCCAGUUCUUCUUGAACGCGGCAUCAGUUAGAGAUGGCGUCCCUUUUGCAGCCUGACAGGGUUCUCUACCUAGUUCAUGGAGAGAAAAAGAUCCGAUCGCCGUUGUCGACACUUUAUUUUUGUCGGUAUUGCAGUGAAUUGCGUUCCCUAGAAUGUGUGUCUCACGAGGUGGACUCACAUUACUGUCCAAGCUGCCUGGAGAAUAUGCCUUCAGCAGAGGCAAAGCUGAAGAAGAACAGGAAGAGGAUAUGCAACCAGCUGAACGAAAACUUCAGGUGUGCCAACUGUUUUGACUGCCCAUGCUGUAUGCACACCCUGUCCACCCGGGCAACCAACAUCCCAGCCCCUCUUCCUGACGACCCCAGCAAGACGACCAUGAAGAAGGCCUAUUACCUGGCCUGUGGCUUCUGUCGCUGGACAUCCAGAGAUGUGGGCAUGGCUGACAAGUCUGUGGCCAGUGGAGGAUGGCAGGAGCCGGACAACCCUCAUACUCAAAGGAUCAAUAAACUGAUAGAGUAUUACCAGCAGCUGGCCCAGAGAGAGAAACUGGAGAGGGACAGGAAGAAGCUGGCCAGGAGACGACCCUAUAUGCCACUGGCCUUCUCGCAACACACUAUUCAUGUGGUGGAGAAAUAUGGUCUGGGUACCAGGCUACAGAGACAGAGACCUGGAGCUCCUAUCACCAGUCUGGCUGGUCUUUCUCUGAAGGAAGGUGAAGACCAGAAGGAGAUUAACAUAGAGCCAGCUCAGGCCUUAGAUGAAGUGGAACCACUGCCUGAAGACUGCUACACCAGACCCAUCAACCUACCUGAGGUGACAUCCUUGCGUCAGCGGCUGCUCCAGCCUGACUUCCAGCCUGCCGGAGCGUCUCAGCUCCACCCCAAACACAAACACCUGCUGAUCAAGCGCUCUCUGCGAUGCAGGAAAUGUGAGCACAAUCUGAGCAAGCCAGAAUUCAACCCAACCUCAAUAAAGUUCAAAAUCCAGCUGGUGGCUGUGAGUUACAUACCUGAAGUCAGAAUAAUGUCCAUUCCAAACCUGCGCUUCCAGAAGGAGAGCCAGGUGCUGCUCACCCUGACCAACCCAGUGGAGAAUAUUACCCACGUCACCCUGGUGGGCUGUGAGGAGGGAGACCCAGAGGACAUCAACAGCACUGCUAAGGUGAUGGUUCCUACCAAGGAGUUGGUCCUGGCAGGGAAGGAUGCUGCAGCAGAAUACGACGAGUUGGCUGAGCCUCAGGACUUCCAGGACGACCCAGACGUGGUGGCCUUCAGGAAAUCCAAUAAGAUCGGUUUCUUCAUCAAGGUGGUCCCUCAGCGCGAGGAGGACGGUGAUGUCACGGUGUCCUUUAAGAUCCGCCACGACUUCCGCAACUUGGCGGCUCCCAUAAGGCCGAGCGAGGAGGGCGAUGCCCCCACCGAGGUCAUCUGGCUCACACACCACGUAGAGCUCAGCCUGGGGCCGAUCAUAGCGUGAAGAGCUUACACACACACCACGUAGAGCUCAGCCUGGGGCCGAUCAUAGCGUGAAGAGCUUACACACACACACACCGAAUACAUAUCUUUUACACACACACACACACACACACCGAAUACAUAUCUUUUACAUAUACACACACACACACACACACACACACACACACACACACACAUAAGCAUAAACUCAAAAUACACAUAUACUAAGUAUACAAAACUUUAAGCUCUUUCCAUGACAGACUGACCAGGUGACUCCAUGUGAAAGCUAUGAUCCUUUAUUGACUUCAAACAGUGAAGAUCUAGGGGAGGAAAUAGGUUUUAAAGAAGGAUUUUCAAGCCUUGAGACAUGGAUUGUGUAUAUGUGCCAUUCAGAGGGUGAAUGGGCAAGACAAAAGAUUGAAGUGCCUUUUGAACGGGGCAUGGUAGUAGGUGCCAGGCGCACCGGUUUGUAACGCUGCUGGGUUUUUCACGCUCAACAGUUUCCCAUGUGUAUCAAGAAUGGUCCACCACCCAAAGGACAUCCAGCGAACUGGACACAACUGUGGGAAGCAUUGGAGUCAACAUGGGCCAGCAUCCCUGUGGUACACCUUUCUACACCUUGUACAGUCCAUGUCCUGACGAAUUGAGGCUGUUCUGAGGGCCAAAGGGGGGGGUGCACCUCAGGGUCCUAAUGUUUCGUAUACUCCGUAUAUAUAGUAGAGAGAAAGAGAGAGCGCACACUAACAGAUAUACAACAGACACACACACACACACACACACACUGUACAUGCAUUGGAUCACAUAUCUCUCUCACACACAUACACUUUUCUGUACCCCCAAGCAGUUCCUGAGACCCUUUCCUGCUUCACGCUUCAAUUUAGGCAUUAUCUUCAUCAUCCUCCUCUAAGUAUGAAGAUUAUUUACCUGCAUGCUAUGCCAGGCUACAUCUACCUACUAAUAAAUGUAUCUUAGAUGAUGUCAUUACUGUAACUCCUCUCUGGGUUGGCGGUAGGGUGAGACUAAGGAGUUGGGAGUUAUUUUGCUGUUGUCUUCAGUACUAAAGUCCAGUCAUUUCUAUUAGCAGUAUUGAAGUAGUGAGACCUGUAAACGUGUCAGUUUGUCAGAGGUACUCUGCAGCGGUAAGAUUAUAUUACUUUAACACUAUCGGUCAAUCAUACAUUUGAAUUAAAUGUAAAGUUUAUAUUGAUUUGGAGGGUUUCUAUUGAAGAUGUGACCAACAGGGGGAGGGGCUGGUAGCAAUGUAUUCCCUUUCACUGGCACCAUUUUGAUUUGUCUGGAAGGAAUUUCCCCCUUGGUUUGUUAGACAGAGCCUUACAACACGGUUAACCUGUACUGGCUAAUAAAAUGAAUGUUUUAAAAACA